AUGAAGCAGAAAGCGUUGUCUUGGGUCUUAAUGCUAGAAUGCGAGAAAUCAAAACCCAGGCAACCAUUAUUGAUCUCCCACGUCUGCAAUCGACCUUCAGCAAUCCAAGUCGACGAGGGUUUGCAACCAUGCACCGAGGACGACUAUCAAGAGGCUGACCCGUGCGGCUUACUUCAAAGCAAUCCAACGCACAUUCCCGCGAACGCCCCAGCACCACUACAAUGGGACGGAAAAUCGGACGAAGACCAAAUCGAAUUCUCUCCAGCGUUGAGAAUAAGGUACCCACAAAUCAAACUGCCACAUUUCACUGGUGAGAACGAUUCCUGGGAAGAGUUUUGGGACACUUUCUCGCUCAUAAUUGAUCAAAACCCGCAACUCAGUGAAUUAGAAAAGAUCCUAUACCUCAAAGAUGCAAUACGCGGGAAAGCCCAAAAUUCCAUCAAAAGCAUCCCAAUGAGAAGUUCCAAUUACAACCUUAUUGUCGAAGUACUGAAAAAGAAGUUCGGCGAUAAAGCGAAUAACAGGUCCCAAAUUGUACAGCAAUUGUUGGACCUACCAAAGGCAGCCACAGCAGCCCAAAAAUGUGUUGAAACUCUCGAAAAAAUAAAUGAUCUUGUUUUCCAAAUGGUUGCCACUGGGUAUGAUAUCCGCAAGAAACAUGACCCGAUGUGGAUCGACACGAUCCUCGCGAAAUUCCCAUAUGAUAUAAUAAAAGACUGUAUGAAAGCAUCCUCAACCGACUCAAAACUAACAAGGAACUUCACGGGCAUGUUUCUUCCAAAGCACUAUUUGAAAACAGAUAUGCGUCACUUGACCUCAAGACGGAUCAAUGCUGAAACAGCGCAACGCGCAAAGACUGCCAAGCAAGAAUCGUGCCUAUUUUGCCAAAGGAAUAACCACCAAACAAAGGAUUGCCGCACAGUACGAACCCCAAUCGAUCGUCGAAACGCAUUGAGGGGUCAACCCGUCUGCUGGAAAUGCUUUGCAAGCGACCACAGAAGUCGCGCUUCCGCUUCAAAGGAACUGUCCCAGCUGCAACGGGUACACAUUUCUCAAUGCUCCUACAACGCAGGAGAAACUUCACCCAUAACAAUUUCUGUAACA